AUGCGUUUCCAGUACCACGUACUCUACGUACCGGGGAAGCUGCUGGCAACAGCGGAUACGCUUUCGCGCGCACCGCUGGACUCCUCUUCAUCCAACCGGGUGAAUCAAGUAAAGCUCUUUGCCCAAGAGGUCGUCCGCUCCUUCCCAGACAUCGUCUCGUCGCAGCUCGAGCACCUGUGCCAGGCCCAAGCCAACGGCGGCGAGUGCAGCCUGCUGCUUCAGUACUGCGCCAACGGCUGGCCUCGGCAGUUCCACUUGCCUCUCCAUGUGAAGAAGUACUGGCAGUACGAAGGAGACCUCAGCGUCUGUGAGGGACUGCUUCUGAGAGGGUCCCGCAUCAUCGUGCCGUCUGCCCUUCAGCGCCACAUGCUCGAGCUUCUCCAUGACGGGCAUCAAGGCAUCAACCGAUGCAAAGCUUUAGCUCGGGAGUCGGUCUGGUGGCCGGGCAUCAACAACCAUAUAGAAAAACUGGUGUCUAACUGCCACACGUGUGCCGAAACCAGGGUGCAGCGCUCGGAGCCCAUGCUGCCCUCAACCACUCCAAGUCGGCCCUGGGAAGAGGUUGCCAUCGAUCUUUUUCAUCUCAAUGCCCAAGACUUCCUUCUGGUGGACUACCGGUCACGCUUCCCGGAAGUCAUUAGUCUACGUUCAACCACAGCACUUGCGGUCAUCAACGCCAUCAAGAGCGUUUUCGCACGCCAUGGAAUUCCGAGAAUGGUGCGCAGCGACAACGGUCGUCAGUUUGCUGCGAGAGAGUUCGCCUUCGCCAAGUCCUACGGCUUCUGCCACGUCACCAGCAGCCCCCAUUUUCCACAGUCGAAUGGGGAGGUGGAACGAAUGGUGAGGACAGUCAAAGACCUGCUGCUGAAGGCGGAUGAUCCCCUACCUGGCACUUUUGGCAUACCGGGACACACCUGGGGUAAAUGGAGUGAGUCCUGCUCAGCUGCUCAUGGGUAG